AGAACCCAGGUCCGAGUCCGUCUUCUGCUGCAGCCUCUCAGCUAUGGGCGCCGUCUGGUCAGCUCUGCUGGUCGGCGGGGGUCUGGCGGGAGCGCUUAUCCUGUGGCUGCUGCGGGGCGACCCUGGGGCCCCGGGAAAAGACGGGGGUGCGGAGCCGCAGAAGGACGCGCCUUCAGGGGAGGCUGAGGCUCCGGGAGGCGGUCCGGGUGGUGGUGGUGGCAGUGUCAGCCUGAGCUCGGAACCUUCCAAGCUGCAGCUGGUCUCCAAACCAGAGCAUCUUCAAGAACGCAAUGGACAACUGAUUUCUGAGACCAAAGCUCUUGGUAACCUGCAGGAAGCACAGGCGGUGCAGAAGGUCGGAGCAAACUGGGGGACUGCCAGAGAACGUGUUCCCGAUGGGAAGGUUCCAGACACACACUCCAAAACUAACUCUGAGGUGUCAAGAAAUCAGGACCCAGAAUGGAGACUCCUCAAAGGACAAGAAGCAGCCGUUAAAGCAGCUGGGAGUGCGGCUGAGAAGCUGCCCCCCAGCAGCCUGCUCAGGGACAGAUCUAACACAGUCAGCCUCGCCCAGCCCUGCAGCCCGGACCCGGCAGGCCAUGAGGGCUGGGAAGUGGUGUCUAGGCACUCAUCGUGGGGGGAUGUUGGUUUGGGUGGCAGUCUUGAGGCUUCUGGGUCAAGCCUAAGUCAGGGGACGGACAGUGGUAGAAGCGCUGUUGUGGGAGGAAGGGGCUGGGCAGCAGAGGGGAGCACGCUGUCUCUGGAGCCUCAGCGGGUCAGCGUCCAGUUCCAGGUGCACUAUAUCACAAGCACAGAUGUGCAGUUCGUUGCGGUGACUGGGGACCACGAGAGCCUUGGGGGAUGGAACACAUACGUGCCACUCCACUACUGCAAGGACGGGCUGUGGUCUCACUCUGUCUUCCUGCCCGCAGACACAGUGGUGGAGUGGAAGUUUGUAUUGGUAGAGAACAUGGAAGUUACUCGCUGGGAGGAAUGCAGCAAUAGACGCCUACAGACUGGCCAGGAGGAUCAAGUGGUCCAUGGGUGGUGGGGCAUCCACUGACUCGGUUCGCAGAGCAUCCGAGAGGCUGCAGCAGAGCGUGGAAGAGGCUCGGGCUGUAAGUUUAAAGUAAGGGUGGCGUGAUUCCAAUUGUAGCCAGAAGAGUUCUUUCAGAUUUGCUAGUGUGGCUUUUGUCCAAAAUGUAGGAAGCUGUAUGCAUGCAGAGAAUGCUUCCUGUGAGCUGGGGCUUUCCCCCUGUUGCAUUGACUGGUUUGUGCAGACACACCAUUACUUGAGAGACUGGCCAUUCCUGGGUGGCUGCUUUGGGUAAGCCUGAGCUAUGGACUAUAGGCAAGGAGAAACUAACAGAACAAGUACAAGGUAGAGCCCUUAGGAGCUCUUAGAGUAGGGAGACUAUAGUAAACGUCACUAAAUACAGCUGGAGCAACACUGUUUACAUUUAACAUUAACACCCUAUGGAACUGUGACCAGUAAGGAUCUCAG